UAAAGUUUGCAAGAAAUCCAGGAAGAACUACUCCAAGACUCUUGAGAAUAUUCUUCCAAAAGCCCUAUUGUCCAUGGCGCUUUUGGAGCUCCUCAAGGGGCGAGGGAUUUCUUUGGAGGAGAUCUCUCGAGCGAGCGGUGACAAGGCAGCGAACAAUGACUCGGGCACGAAAAAUCUCCUUGUCAAAGACAAGAAGAGUAGAAUGUUUCUCAUCUCUUGCAAGCAGUCGACAAACUUGGACCUCAAAGCACUGAGCAUUCGUCUUGGCGUUGGGAAGGGCGGAGUUCGAUUUGCUCCAGAGGAAAAUGUUGUGGAGUUACUGGGAGUUCCUCCAGCGCUUGUUUCGCCAUUUGUUCUCACCACUGACUCGCAAAGCUCUAUAGUUCUACUGCUGGAUGAAAAGUUCGAGACCUCAUCACGACUCAUCUUUCCUGUCUCUGAUGAACUAAGCAUCGCCGUGACUCGGGCUUCGCUGGAACAGUUCCUAGAAUCGAUCGGCAAAACUCCCAUCUACGUUGAUCUGGAGGCUGCUCUUCAAGCUGGAAAAGACCAAGCAGAUCUUUCCGUCUAUGUUCCAAGUAAAAAGGAGUCAUCAACGGAAGGGAUGCCAAAUGGAACUGGCAGCGAAUUGAGAAAACCGUCCAGCGAAUCACAAUCAAAAGAAAAGCCUGCUGCGAUUGUAAGAGGCGACGAGUCCAGGAGAACAGACUUUGCGAGUACAGAGGCUCUAUCAUCGCUAAUCUUGAGCACAAUCGCGUCUAAAGCUCUGGAGAAAUCGGACAAGGAGACUUGGGAGGCGAUCGAAAAGAGAGUAAAACCGGAGCUGGAAAAUCUCUUGGUUAUGUUCAAGAACACGGCGUUCACAGAAGGCUUUCUAGCUGCGCGAAGCGCGCGUUUGAUAUAAGCUGUGGUUUUGUUUAAAAUGCCAUUGAAUUAAACUCCGUGUUAAACCUUUA